CCGGUUGCAAUCGUGCAGUAGCUUCCCAGCAAGCGAUCAAGUAAGGUAUCGCAUACAACCGCGGAUCAUCGCCAGGAUGAAGCAGCAGCAAACCUUUUCCAACGCGGGCAUUUGCCUGCUGUCGUUGCUGGUGCUGCUAGUAGUAGCAGCCAGUACGGCCCACGCUCGCUCGACCAAAUCAGGAUUUCAAGUAGACAGUGAAGACGGCCGACUGUCUGUGCCGGAGCUGGUGUCCAAGUACGGCUACCACGUGGAGGAACACUCACUAUCGACGGACGAUGGCUACCGGCUGACGAUUCACCGUGUGCAAGCGGCAAGCUACACGAACGGAACGGUCGUGCUGCUGAUGCACGGUCUGCUGUGCAGCUCGGCCGACUGGCUGAUGAUUGGCCCGGGCAAUGCACUGGCCUACCUGCUCGCGAACGAGGGCUACGAUGUGUGGUUGGGAAAUGCGCGCGGCAAUCGGUACUCGCGCGAUCACGCCUCGAUCAACCCGGACGACGACAAUUCGUUCUGGAAGUUUUCCUGGCACGAAAUCGGACGCUACGACAUUCCGGCCACGAUCGACUACAUACUGGAGCAAACGGGACACCGACGAUUGCAGUACGUGGGCCACUCGCAGGGCACGACCGGAUUCUUCGUGAUGGCUUCCAUCCGGCCAGAAUACAACGAUAAGAUCAUUCAGAUGAAUGCGCUCGCCCCGGUUGCCUUCAUGGGACACAUGAAGAGUCCGCUGCUGCGAUUCAUGACCAAGUUCCUAAAGACGCUGGACAUUCUGCUGGCCGUAUUCGGCGUCGGAGAGUUCAUGCCCAACAAACCGAUACUGCACGAAAUCGCCCAGCUCAUCUGUCCGCCGAACUCGACGGUGCACAUUAACAUGUGUGCGCAUCUGCUCUUCCUGCUGGCCGGGUACAACCCUUCGCAGCUGGAUCCGGUGAUGCUGCCGAUCCUGUUCGGACAUACGCCAGCCGGCUCGGCCACGCGGCAGUUGGUGCACUACGCCCAGGAGGUGCUGUCGAAUCGGUUCGAAAUGUAUGACUAUGGAAAGCUGAAAAAUGUACUGAUCUACGGUUCGGCUACACCGCCCGAGUACGAUCUUUCGCGCGUAACGGCACCGGUAGUGAUGUACUAUGGGUUGAACGAUUUUCUCGCCACACCGGAGGACGUGAACCGGCUGGCCAGGAAGCUGCCCAACCUGAAGCGAAGCGUAGCGGUGAACGAUGUGCUGUUUAACCAUCUGGACUUCUUGAUCGCGAGCGACGUCCGACACUUGCUCUACGAACCGGUGAUGGAAGGAAUGGCAUCCGCUGAAGUGGCGGAUUAGGGGGUUGAAGUGCAGUCAACUUGACUGAGCUUCCCACAUACGUUCAAGUAUGUGAUAGUAGGUUUUAUUGUGAUCUAGGGAAGUUUGCUGUGGUAUUUAUGUAUAAACCCGAACGGAAAAAACAGCGCAUUAAGUUGAAGCAUCGAAUAGUUAGCGCAAAGCGUCUAAUAAAGAUAAAUGUGAACAAUUGAAGAA